UUAGAAAAAGGAGAUAAAUUCUUGUCAUUUUCGACGACGGCCGGAACGCGACGACAAUGGCGGCGGCUUCUCUGCAAAUCAAAAACCCUACAUUCGCCAAGACUUUACCUUCAUCCAAAAACCCUUCCUUUGCUCCUUUCCGAUCAUCUUCUCUCAGAGUCAAUUACUCCUCAACGGCCAUCAAUUUCAAAUCCAUAGUCUCAAGAGUCACUCCUUCAACAAUCGUCCCACGCGCCGCCGCGUCUUCUUCCGCCGAGACUCAAGAUAGGAACACCUUCCACGGACUAUGCUACGUUGUUGGUGAUAACAUCGACACCGAUCAGAUCAUUCCCUCCGAGUACCUCACCUUUUCCACCUCGAAUCCAGCCGAUUGCGAGAAGCUCGGCUCUUACGCGCUGAUCGGACUUCCAGAUUCCUACAAUGACCGAUUCGUGGAGCAAGGCGAGAUAAAAUCCAAAUACUCAAUCAUCAUCGGAGGUGAAAACUUCGGUUGCGGAUCGUCUCGUGAGCACGCCCCUGUUUGUCUAGGCGCAGCGGGAGCUAAGGCUGUGGUGGCUCAAUCUUACGCUAGAAUCUUCUUUCGGAACUCUGUAGCUACCGGAGAGGUUUACCCGUUGGAGUCGGAGAUUAGGGUUUGUGAUGAGUGUAAAACUGGAGAUGUUGCGACUGUUGAGCUGAGAGAAGAAGGUGAUUGUGUGCUUAUCAAUCAUACGACCGGGAAAGAGUAUAAGCUCAAGGCCAUUGGUGAUGCUGGACCUGUCAUUGACGCCGGUGGGAUCUUCGAUUAUGCCAGGAAAGCUGGCAUGAUUCCAUCUGCUGCACUUGUAGCCUGAAUUGUUUCCUUGAGGAGUGUGAAAGUUCUAUUAUAAUACCGGAACAGUCUUGAGCUAGGAGAGCGAUACUUGAUUUCCAGUACUCUAUAGGACGACGAUGAGAGAUUGAGAACGAUAAAAAUCUGUAUUUUCUAUAGCUGAUGGACCUAAUAGACUUGUCUCUUAUGGAUUGUUUCACUGUUGGUUGGCUUAGCCUUUUUAUUUAGUUCUAUCUUAGACAUGUGCUAUGUUUCAGCUGCGUUUAGCAACCAAAGGUAAAGUCUCCAGGUUUCUUA